UUAUUUCAUCUCACCAGUAGUAAGUGAUUAUAUAUUCUUUUCCGAUGACUGAACCGGCUAGAAAAGACGGUGAAUCGCCGGAGACGGUUGGGAUUCCGACCGGUUUAAACCGAAUUAAAACUAAAAUAACGUCUAAUUUGAAUGAUAAUUAUAAUUAUAAUUUGAGCUCAAGUAAUAAUAAUAAUAGUUAUUAUCAUAAUAAGUCUAUAACUAAUCGGUUUAAGCAGAAUCAUCAGCGCUCUUUUAGCAAAGGCUUUGUUAAGCUUCAUUCUUCUAAAGAAGGACUCCGUAAAGGAAAAAAAAUAGCACGCUGGGUCACAUCUCAUCUUUCCAAGGAUUCUGAUAGAGCUAUCAGAGAUAAGCCUCCUGAAGCUGAGAAGAGAAAUGCUGAAGUCGAGGUAUCGGACAAGGAAGCUCUUUCAAGUAAACAACAAAAGGUAGAACGAGCCACAUUUGUGAAUAGAACUGAAGCAGGAAAGACAUCUGCUGAUAAAAUGCCAGAAGUGCUGAAAAGCUUCUCACAUGAACUUGGACCUAAAGGUGGCAUUAGACCUUCACAUACCCGAGCUCAUAGCUUUAGUGAUUUGAAGGAACUUUUGAGGUCGUUGCGGUCAAAUUUUAAUGCUGCAAAAGAGUUGGUCAACACAGAGCUAGCUUGUUUUAAAGGAGAGGUGAUUGAGGUAUCCCAGAAGUCUGAUAUAUUAUCUUUGGAAGACCAAAGAUUGAUCGAGGAGCUUCUCAUUCUUUCUAAAGUAUGUAUAGAUAUGUCACCCCUAGAGUUCCGUACCAAAUGUGAGACCAUUGUUCAAGAUUUAACUAGAAAGAGGCAUGAUUGCCAAACAGGGCCAUUAAAAUGGCUUUUUACAAGAAUGCUCUUUAUAUUAACUCGUUGUACAAGGUUGUUGCAUUUCGAGAAGCACAGUGAGCAUAUUGAUGAGAUCUCUCUUCUUAGAUUAAAAGAAUGUUUGGAAAAGAUUCCUUCAUAUGAAAUGAGCUGGCUUCUAAAUUUAGGGAUUAUUGAAUCUAAUUCAGAUGAUGUUCUAAACAAGUUUGAUAAUGAACAUAAAUUUGAAGAAUCCCAAAACGAUGUUGCUCUACAUGUCCCAAAAACUCAUGAGCUAGAGAUGAACUCGGGAAACGAAGACUUAGUUAUUUGUCGAAUAUGUGAGGAAUAUGUUCCCCCUUCUCAUCUGGAGUCACAUUCUUAUAUAUGUGCAUAUGCAGAAAAAUGUGAUACAAAAGGUAUAGAUGUAAACGAAAGCCUUUUAGCAUUAGCAGAUAUACUUGACCAAAUUAUUGACUCCUGCACGCCAAGUGUGCAUGCCGCAGAUGAUAGCCCUCAGAAUUCGCAAAUGCAAUUUUCUUUGGAUAAUUGCUCUCCUAAGAUAAGUGAGUGGCGGAAUAAAGGCGUUGAAGGAAUGUUUGAGGAUCUUCAUGAAAUGGACACUGCAUGCAUAGAAGACUCAACUCCUGUUACCUUUGCAAAUCUCAAGGGGUUCCCUGGUGUGAAAAGUCAACAUGGUCCUCCCUCAUCAACAGGAAGCAUGACAUCAGCGUCCUCCACAAAUACUCCCAGGGCGUCGAAUUUUGACUUUUUUUGGUUAGAGCAUAACCAUCCUUGUGAAUUGGAGGAUGUGCAACAGAUGACUGACCUUAGGGACAUUGCUCGUUCUACAGCCGAGACAGAUCUAAUGGAAGAGAGUUCACAUGAGGUUUUGCUUACUUGCAUUCAAGAUUUGCAGGAUAUUCUACAGAAUAGCAAACUCAAAGCUCUUGUAAUAGAUACAUUUGGACACCGGAUAGAAAAACUGCUUCGAGAAAAAUAUAUAAUUGCAUGUGAACUAGAAGAUACGAAUAAAAGAAGUAGUGAUGUUGGAUACCCGUCUUUGUUGGAUUCUGCAUCUCACAGCAGUUCAGUUUCGACUCCUUCACAUCCUCUACAUAAGGAGCGAACAAGCAUUGAUGAUUUUGAGAUUAUUAAACCAAUCAGCAAAGGAGCUUAUGGUAAAGUAUUCCUUGCACGUAAACGUACUACUGGUGACUUAUUUGCUAUAAAGAUGCUCAAGAAAAUGGAUAUGCUACGGAAAAAUGAUAUCGAAAGGAUAGUUGCUGAACGUAACAUAUUGAUCACAGUACGAAAUCCAUUUGUGGUUCGAUUUUUCUAUUCAUUUACCAGUAGAGACUACCUUUACUUAGUGAUGGAAUAUCUCAAUGGAGGCGAUCUGUUCUCAUUGCUAAGAAAUGUUGGCUGCCUUGGAGAGGAUGUAGCACGCAUUUAUAUAGCAGAACUGGUUCUUGCUCUUGAAUACCUUCAUUCUGUAGGAAUCGUUCAUCGGGAUCUUAAACCUGACAACAUAUUGAUUGCACAUGACGGACAUAUUAAGCUUACAGAUUUUGGGCUGUCUAAAAUUGGCCUAAUGAAUAGUACGGGUGCUUUAACUAGACCCGAGUCAAAUGAGGUUAUAGUUUCAAAUGGUCAUCAACCUGACAGUGAAUGGAGUGUAGAUAGGAGGGAGCGUUCAGCUGUCGGUACGCCAGACUAUUUGGCCCCAGAAAUACUUCUUGGAACUGAACAUGGUUAUGCAGCGGAUUGGUGGUCAGUUGGAGUUAUUCUGUUUGAAUUAAUUACGGGAACCCCACCUUUCAAUUCUGACAAUCCUGAGAGAAUAUUUUAUAACAUUCUCAAUGCGAAAAUACCAUGGCCUUCUAAUCCAAAUGAGAUUUCUCAUGAGGCUCAAGACAUGAUUAGCAGGUUUCUUAUUCAUGACCCUGACCAGCGUCUAGGAGCACAUGGAUCACCAGAGGUAAAAGCACAUCCAUUUUUCAAAGGUGUAAACUGGGAUACACUUGCCAUGCAAAAGGUGGCCUUUAUACCACAGCCAGAUGGCAUAGACGAUACAAGUUAUUUUGUAUCACGACAUAGUCAUAGUUCAAGCGGAACAUUUGAUGAGCAAGAUUGCAGUGAUGCAGCUUCUGACUCAACUGAAUUCUGCUCAGACACAAGAGAGAAGAUGGACGUAUGUGGAGAACUUGCAGAGUUUGAAGCAUCCCCAUGUGAUGAUCUUUCCUGGAUCAAUUUCUCUUUCAAGAACCUGUCGCAGUUGGCAUCAAUCAAUCAUGAUGUGCUUCUACAAAACAAUAAGGAUGUGUCAAGAUGUUCAUCUCCACAAAAUGGCCCAACUUCAUAGAUUCUCAUAUGCUUUUGCUUUUUAAGAAAAGCAUAUACACACGAAUUUCCUUUCAAGGUAAGAUUCUCCCUUUUUCAUAGUAGGAGAUGCAUCCUUCAAGGGAAAGAUUGGAUAGUGCAACUAGUUAGAGUAGCCUAAGAUGGCUUGUGGUCACUAAGCUACCUUUAACACCAAAUGGUAGAAGGUGUUUUUUUCUUCUUUUUACAUAGACAAUUUAGUUUUAAGAAUCAAAUGAGUCGAGGCACAUAGAUCGAUUUUAUUCCAGUGCACAAAGUCUUAUAGAUUCUUUACUUUAUUGUUGUGAAUUAAAUUUUCCUAUUACAUCUGAAGGACACUCAAAUGUACUUGGUCGACUACGCUUGACCAGAAAAAUAAGGAAAUACAAAAGUUUAUAUGCUUUCAAUGAUU